GUAGAUAAUACGUUGAGUAGCAAAUUACUGUAAAUUUGAACAGAAACCAAAACACAAUACCUCCAAGUUUUGCAGAGAGAAGACACGUGUCCUACGGAUGAGACGCCAUCCUUGUGCCGUUGCGCCUCCGUCUAUUUGUAGCCUCCAAAAUCAAAAUCCAACAUCCGGGAAGCCAAACACAUUCCCCUCCGCCGCAGUUGCACGCAUCGCUCGCUCGAUGCUCCCGCCGCAGCUCCCGCUCGCCGUCGCCGCCACCACCACCGCCGCCAUCACCUGCCGCGGCAGCUCCUCCAGCGGUCGCCGCCGCGGCCGCCGCCCGAAGGCCAAGCCCAUCGUGUUCCCGCCUCCGCCGGUACGCCGCCUGGUCUCCACCUCCCUCCGCCGCCUCCUCCCGCGCCUGCGCCCCCUCGGCGGCCGACGGCCAAGGCGGAAAUCGCCCGCCGAGGAUGUCGCGGUGCUGCUCCUCUCUCUGGCGUUCGGCGACAGGCUCACCGCCCUCGCGGAGGCUUGGCGCGCGUCGGGCCUGGGCCAGGCGCUCGGCAUCUGGGCGGCGGUGUUCGGGAGGGCGAGGAGGAGGAGGAUGAACGGGCUCCGGCGGCUCGCGGCGCUGCUGCUCGGGAUCGCGUUCUGCGCGCUCGUCUCGCACUUCAGGGGCGCGGCGUUCUUGGAAGGCCUCGGGAAGACGGGAGGCGGCCGGAAAUUAGCGCGGAUUUUCCUCCAUUGAUUGAUUGAUUGAUUUGGUACCUAUGUUCGAUUUCUUGAGGUGUAUUGCCCAAAUACGGGAUUGAGGCGUCGGGAUUAUAGCUUUCCUUGUGCGGAUGUAUUCUCUGUUCUUGACCUGUCGAUAUGAUUUUGUCGCA